AUGUCUUAUUGGGAGAAAUCAAUGAGAGAGGGUGUUGCGUCAUCAUUUGUGUUUUUCAUGGAAUUAAUUAGAAAUUUAUAUGUUUCAAUAAUUAGUUUAGUUUCGUAUGGAUAUAGAAGAAGGAAUUUAUACAAAAUUUAUAGAAAGUUCGGAAGAGAAAAGGCUAUUUACUUGAGUUUCCAGCUUCAUUUAUUGUGGAUUAGUCUAUUAUGCUCAAUUAUUGUCUGUGCUGUCUUGUUACCUUUACAUUUGACAGGUAGAGAAAUUGACAACUCGGAAUAUGCAUAUAAUAUCGUUGCUCUUACCUCUGCUCUCAGAGCAGCAACUUCACCAGUCAAGAUGUUUGCUCACGUAGCCAUUCUAAUUGUGUUUAUAAUUAUUACAUUAGUUUUCAUGGUUUCUUUCAAUAGAAAUAGGUUUAGUUCUUCACUUCUUUUGGUAGGUGAAGAUUCUAAUAGCACAGAACAGGAUUCUACCCUUUCCAAUGACGAAACUGUUAUCAUUUCUCCAUUUACAAUAGUUUUAGAUGGAAUUCCAAAAGAAUCAUCUCAGAAAAGUGUCGAACAAUUCAUUGAAGAAAAUUUUAAUGGUGGAUUGAGUGCGAAUGAUGAAAAUAGUAAGAUUGUAAAGAUAUUUCAUGUGCCAAAUCUUGUGGAUCGGUUAAAUCUCAAAGAAUUGGAAGAACAUUUGGAAAGAGAAUUGGAACAUUUCAUGCAUUUAAAAGGAAAAUCAAAUUAUGAUGUUGCCAAACGUCACAUAGUUCAUGAAAUGAGACCAUUGUACUCGGAUGAUUUGAGAUUCAAAUUGUGUGGAUGUACUACAUAUAGUACCAAUUUGAAAACUAUGACUACUGAUGAGGCAGUAGAAUAUUUAAGAUUGGAAUAUUCAGAUUGUAAAAGAAUGGUGGAACAAUGGGAUGGAGAAUAUACUUCAAUGUUUCUUACAGAUGAAAGACAAUCACAAGAUGAGGAAUAUUUAUCUCAAAUCAAACAAGUGAAAUCAUCUGGAAAGUGCUUUAUAGUUUUUAAAAAGGUUGAACAUGUUGAUGAAGCAAUUGAAAAGAAUCGAAUAAUGUUCAAUGAUUCUUCAGUUUCCUUGAUGAAACUAUUAAUUGAACCGCAAGAUAUCAAUUGGCACUUUAUUGGCGGUACCUCCAAAUACUUUUCCUUGAGAAACUUUUGCAUGAUUAGUUUAAUAUUCUUUGUAUUGUUGGUAUUUUCUGGACCACCAUCCAUUUUACAAUCACUUCAAGCAUUGGGAUCUCCUAUUCUUAAAGCUGUCAAACUUGGUGACUUGUCUGAUUUACUAUUUCACUACUGUCCUUCUCUGUUGAUUUUCAUUUUCAGCAAAUUGUUUCCAAUAUUUUUCAAAAAGAUUACUCAAACAGAGAAGCACCUUUCCAAAUCAUUUUACAGUAGGAUAUUAUUAGUGAGAUUGUUUACAUUUUCCAUUUUGAAUAUUCUCAUUUUACCAGGAUUGUGGAUUAUCUCAGCUUUCCUCUUUUUAGUUUUCGCAAAUGAUGGCAAACAUUUGGAUAUCAUGUUCUUGCCAAAAACAAUUGAAACAAUGAUUUCUACAUUGCUACAAUUCAUGGUUAUGGAGAAUGUUUACGAAUUGGUCAGAUUUGGCAAAACACUUUAUUAUAUUUGGAAGACAACAUUUAAUUGUUACAGAAAAGCAAGAACUCCCACUCAAAUUUUAAAACUAAUUAAGGAAACUAAGGAAUUCGAUAUGGAAGAGAAUGUUUCAAACAUGUUGGGUAUAUUAUGUAUGUCGAUGGUCUAUUCAUUCUGUUGUCCACUUGUAAUGCCAUUGGCAUUCCUUUGCAUCUUUAUCAAGCACUGGUUUGAUAGAUGUGUUAUUGAAGAGGAAUUCACUCAUCACUCCAAUAUCAAUGAGAAGGAUGACAAACUCGAUUUUACCAGUAGUUUGAGAUUAUCCAAGCUAUUGAUCGUUCUUGUUCUUACAACAUUGAGCAUUGUUGGAAUGAUUGUAAUUUUAGGAUUUUCUUACUUGUUUUUUACUAGUCUAAUGUAUAUUAUACAUUUGGGAGUUUGUGGAGCUUGCUUAGCUAUUCUUCUAUUAAUUACCUUGGCGUUGAUUUUCAAACAAAACUCAAGUGUCAGAUCAAAUAAGAAAGAUAUUGCAGAACAGCAAGAACGAAUGCUUGAUCCAAAUUCAUUCUCACAACAAGUUCAAGAUAUUCUCAAUGUGGAAAAUAUUCUCAAGUUUUGA